AUGCCCUUUGUCUCUGAGUACUCCAUCACCUUGUUCUUGAUGGUCACUCAGAAUCAUUGUCAGACAAAUUCAACCUCUGAGUUGAGCUUCAGUUUGAACCGUUUCCCCGCCUCACACCUUUACAUGAUGUCGACAUCUUCCACCUCGGAGAUUCUCUUUCGCACAAGCGAGCAUGCCCUCAGCUAUAGUUCUUCCUACGGUGCAGAGUCCCUGUUCGAUACAAACUCGGAAACCGAUUCGUCAGGAUUCUUCACGUCCCUGUACUGUGCUGGCGGCCCGUAUCUAUGCUCCUUACCGGCCACCUCCGCUCCGCUCACUAGAACCGCCGGGGCAGGGAGCCCUGCAGCUCGGUCGGCUCUUCUCAAAGACACCGAAAGACUAGAGGAGGAUGUCAGAAAGAUUCUUCGAAGUGAGCGCAUCAGAUACCAGGCCGUUGCCCUCGUCGGGCGUCAGUCCAAGAUCAACCCCGAACCCUAUGUCGUCCCUACCGUUGUCGUUGAUGUUUGA